AAGAUUAACCAGGUUACAUGAAGCUAACAGCUCAUAAUUUCAGUUUCACUUCAGAAAUAAUACAUACAAACAGACAUAAACUCAACGGUAACUAAGGAAGUGUAAACUUUCUUGCAAAGGUUCAUGCUUUUUGAGUGAGAGUGCUACAUGAAUGAAAAAAAAUGGCAUGAUUAAGUGACUAAAUGACAUGGUUCAGCAUUUCGUUGGAAACGCUGACUGCACGCAGUCAAUGAAACGUAAUUACAGCAUUUCCUGUGACCAAAUGCACAACAGAGAUUAAAACAAUACGUGAAGUGAUAUGCUGGCAUCAUUAAUUGACACAGCAACAUCAGAUGUUUAUUGAUGGUGAUAAAAAAAGAAUUGGACUCUGGAAAACAGGAGGUGUUGUAACUGAGAAAUUCGCAAUCUAAGGUGUUGCCUUCAAGAGGGACAUGCCAGCAUUAUAGCCUGCAUAUAACCACUGUUUUUACUCAAUAAUGUGACAAUUACGAUCAUUAUCAGUAAAGCACUGCACGGUAACUGCGGUGCAAGGUGGAGUCUUCCAGGAAGCGAUCUGUCCUGAUGAUUGUGACUGUCCUUCACUUACUGUAAUGGUGCACGUUCAAGUAAAAUGACUAAUAGGGUAGGGUGGUAGUGUUAUUGUUUCUAUCUCUGCUGCAGGAUUGAUGACAGUGAAGUUAACGGAAGGCUGGGGCUAAUCUUAUUGGAGCUUUCUUAUACCAACUAGGUAGGUAGGUUGGGUUGGAGAUGAACAGACUGACUAUAUAUUACAUUAUAUCGAUAGACCCCUCAUAAACCUGCUGACUUUAACACCUGCUACGAACUGCUCAUAGAAGUUCGCCUGUUCAACAACUUUUUAAGGAGACGGAACACCUGCACUUUAUAUCGCCAUUAACCAGAGCGGAUUAUUGAAAGUGAACUACUGCACAGACGAGUAGACUUUAAAGCACAAACCACUUCCCAUCAACAGGAACACUGGCUUGGCUCAGUGAGGCUCGUCGAAACUGCAGCCACAGUGAACCAGGGGAAGUCUUUAAACAACCCCACAGAUCCGGUGUGGAGACCUUUUUUGCCACCACAAGUAAAUUCUCGACCAAAGAGACACUGAGAGUCCAUUAACGCAAACUAGCCAGAAGUGCGAGGGGAACAACAUAUGUGGCAGUGAGCAGGGUUGGAUUGGGUUUUGUGAUCCAGAAAGCCGUCACAGCACUCAUGAACUUGCUUAUCUCCCUUCUGUUGCUGUUGGUUAGUGGUGUGCAGUACUUUGCAGUCACAGCAGGUCAUGGUGGAAACACAUCUGUGUAUUUCUGCGAGGUUCCAGGAUGUGCUUCCAAUGUGACAAAAAUAUUUUGCAAAGACGAGCUGGUCGUCACUGACAAACACAUUCCAGACUGUGCAGGCCACCUACCACCACCCAAGUCUGUUUGUCAGCAUGAUGGUCGGGCAUUCGUCUCCUCCGAUACAGAUGAUCCCUGUGAAUUUGAAGGGGAGGCUUAUAUUGAGACCAGGAAGUGUACAGCCACCAGUGACAUAUGUUCUCUUACCCGUGAUACCAAAUCACCAGAACAGAAAUCCCUUGAAAGCAUCUGGAUCGUGCUAAUAGUCCUGGUUUCCCUGGUUUCCCUGGUUUGCCUAAUUAUACAUAUAUAUAAAAAGAGACAAAACAGAGAGCAAAAUCCACAGGAGGGCAGUGACUCUGGUGUGGCUGAACCCCUAAGAGACAUUCAAAGCUCUGGAAACACCAGUGAGAGAGAUACCUCUGGUGCUCCUGGAUUGGAUGACAGCAGCUCUCUUUCCCAACGUGACCAUGGAGCCUGAAGUUCUGCAGCUUCAUUUUUAUUUUCCUGUUUCAUUUUUGCUUUUAAUGUUAAUAAAUAUGUAAAUAUGAAA